AAAAAGUGUCAGGUCGGUCGACUUCAACUGUCAGUCAAGCCAGUAUAAAUAUUGCCCACGUUGGUUUGUUAUUUUUGUAGUAAUUUAAUAUUACUGGUUUAAAGAAUUUAGUGUAGAAUAAAACUUAUCAAAAUGGCGAAAAAAGGCAAACCGAAGAUCAGUAAGGUAAAAAGAAACAACCAGACUACAAAUAAAAUGAGGAAAAAGGGUCAACUGAAGUUGCAGAGGCAUAAAAAUAAGGUUCAGAAACAGAAACAACCUUCACAGCAGCCUCAGAUAGAAUACAGUAGUGAGAGCGAACCGGAGUCCGGGGACGAGUUCGGAGACAUGUUGGAUGAUGACGAACAGCAGUAUCUGAUGACCCGCCUGUCCAAACAGCCACAACUGUUGUCCAAUGUGCCGGAAGAACAGAAGGCCAACAAAAGGUCUAAAAAACGUAAAAAAGAAAAGAAAGAAAAGUUCCCGAAACCCAACAAAGGCAGUGACAGUGGAGCAGAGAGUGAGGACUUGUCCGACAGUGACCUAGAGGAAAAGUAUGAACAGGAGCAGUCUGAGAGGCCGGCAAAGAGGAUGCGGCCGCUGCUGCCCAUCAAAACUAAACAGGGACUGAUGGAGAGGAGUGAGGAAGUAGAAGAAUCUGACUCAGACCAACAAGAAGAAGAGGAAGCCUCAGAAACACAAAUCAAACAGCCAAAGGAACCAACAGAUGAGGAUUCAGACUCUGACUCCGGGAUGGAGGGCACGGAUGAGGGGGAGGCGCCGCCUGACGGUGAGAAGGUGAUCACCGCUGUGGAGCUGUUGGCGGCCAGGAGAGAUAAGCUACAGCAUGAUAAGUUGAGGAUAGGAGCACUGUGCUCUUCUCUGUUAGAAGCUCCUGAAAAGAAGUUAAAGAACCUAUUCCCGAUCCUGUACUUGAUGGAGGAGCGCUUGAAGGACGGCACCCUGAACCUGGUGUCCAUCCGCAAGCUGGCCACGGUGUCCGCCUGCGAGGUGUUCAAGGACAUCCUGCCCGAGUACAUGCUGCGGCAUCAGGACUACUCCAAUGUUAAAUUGAAGAAAGACACACUAUCACUGUACAAAUACGAGAAAGAGUUGCUGGAGUUCUACAAGCGGUACCUGCAGCGGCUGGAGAAGGCGGCCGGCGUGCUGCGGCGGAAGAAGGGGGAUACCAGGAAGCCAGACGAGUCCGCCAUCAACCUGGCGCUGGUGUCUCUCCGCUGCAUGUGCGCGCUGCUGGUGUCGCGGCCGCACUUCAACUACGCGGCCAACAUCGCGCAGAGCGUGGUCCCGCACCUGGACAGCCGCGACCCGCGCGCGAGGCAGGCCGUCACCGACUGCUGCGCCAGCGUGUUCGCCGACGACAACAGGGGCGAUAUCACGCUCACCGUGGUCCGCCUAAUCAACCAAUUAGUGAAGCGUCGUAACGAGCGCCUGGACCCGGCCGCGCUCGACUGUCUGCUCACCCUCAAGAUACGAGACGUCGACAUGGACGCGGAGGCAGAGAUCAAGACCAAGAAGAAACUCGAUGAGAAACACAAGAAGAGGAUCGUCAACCUGUCCAAGAAGGAGAAGAAGCGUGCAAAAAAACUAAAAGAAGUAGAGAAAGAGUUGCUGGAGACGGAGGCGCAGGAGAGUGAGAUGGCGCGACGCAAGCAACUGACAGAGGUCACCAAGACCGUGUUCCACAUCUACUUCCGGCUGCUCAAGACCGCGCCGCGCUCCAAGCUGCUAGCAGCCGCGCUUAACGGACUCGCCAAGUUCACCCACGUGAUCAACCUAGAGUUCUACUCGGACCUGGUGUCGAUCCUGGCGCAGCUGAUCUCGGACGAGCUGGUGGGGGCUCGCGAGCGCCUGCUGUGCGUGCGGACUGUGCUGGCCGUGCUGGCGGGCGCGGGGGACGCGCUCAGCGUCGACCCCGACAAGUUCCACGCAUAUCUCUAUGUGGCCAUGCUCGGGGCGCAUGCUGGUAAAUCACACGAGGAUGCUCGCAUAAUCCUGGAGUCAGUGACCCAGAUCUGCGCUCGCGCGCGACGCGUGUCCCCGGCGGUACUGCAGGCCUUCGCCAAGCGCCUGGCCACGCUGGCGCCGCAGCUGCUGCACAACGGGACCCUCGCCUGUCUGGCGCUUCUGCAGCAACUCGCACAGCAAAGCAAGGCAGUAGCGACCCUGCUGGAGGCCGACAGUGAGGCGGGCGGGUCGGGCCGCUUCUGCCCGCUGCUGGCGUCGCCCUCUCACUGCAACGCGCACGCGGCCGCUCCCCACGAGCUGUGCUCCCUCCGGCGCCACUACCACCCCACCGUCAGGGCCACUGCCGGGGCUGUGCUGCUGGCCAACCUGCCGCAGGAACUGCACAAGAUGUCACCGGCUACCAUUUUCCACACAUACGACGGUUCUCAGAUGGCAUUCAAGCCGGCAGUCACUCCGCCAGCCAAGGUCGAACAAAGCAAGAAACCAACAAACAUAUAUGCGUGGGCGCAGCCUAGCUUCAGAGACGCGUGUAAAGCUAUAGAGGACAGUGUCAACAUGGUCAUAGAUAGUAGCUGAGGAAAUAAAAUACUUGACUGUUUA